UGUUACCUCUUCUAUUCUUCUUCUUCUUCUUCUUUGGUCUUAAAAUUUUAAUAGCAUUUCGUGUAUAUUGAACAAACAGAAGACGACGACGACAUUCGAAUCGAAGUUGGGAAGAUGGAGUUAGCAGAGAACGAGGAGGUACUGAAGGCCUUCAUCAACCGAUUAGUGGAUCCUCUCCUCCCCCUCGGGGCCGAAGACUAUCACACAGACACUACCCGCACCAACACCUCUGCACCACCUUCCCGACAUAACCAAAUGGCCGUCGCCAAACAGAUGCACGCCGUCGUUUUGCUGUACAAUUACUACCACCGGAAGCACAAUCCCGACCUGCCCUUCCUCGAUUUCACCUCUUUCUCUAAGCUGUCCGUCGCAGUGAAACCGCCCAUGGCGAUCUUCAUGAACCGGUCGACGCAAGAAGACGAACCGCCGGCUCAACUUUCCAUAACCGAGGAAGCCAUAAAGGCCGCCUGCGAAACCGCCGUGGCGUUGGACGCCGCUAAAGACGUUGAAGCCUGGCCGAUUUCCAAGGUUGCUGUCCUAAUCGUCGAUGCCCAAAAGCAAAAUUGUCUGCUCCUCUACGGAUCCGUCACUCAGGGGGUUUGGGCGCCCGUAGAAAAGGAACUCGACGAGAGGGAAUCGGGGAAAGAGCAAGAGAAAACUGGUAAGAAAAGGACAAGAGAUCCUUCAUCGAUCGCCCAAACUCAUGACAUUUAUCAGCUUGCUUACGACGCCACCGGGUAUGACAAGAGCAAGCUCGAGGUUGUGGCGACUCACGUAACCUACUCUCUGACGAAAUGUAGAUCGGCUACUCAGCUGUUCCUGAUGCAAUACAACGGCUCGAUCCCCAUAAACAAACAAGUUCCUUUGAAGUUUCUCGUCGAUAGUCUGCAGGAGCCUUUAGCGAAGGAGUUAUUCUAUGGGGUGUGGGAAACUACCGAAGUCGUCGAGUAUCAUCACAUGCUUCCUUAUAUCGACUUCAUCUCCCACUGGCUUGCGGGUGAUGAGGUUGUUGUCGAUGCCGAAGUUGUGAAGAAAUUCACUGAAAGAAACGACACCUUGAGUUCUUCUGUCAAGGAGGAACAAAGCCGAACUGCUUUAGGCGAAGGCAAUGUCGAAUGUUACCAAAGAUCCUCAUCGAGUUCUUCUAGAAAAUCGCAACCGUCAACUGAUUUCUUCACAAGUAUUUGUCAGGGCCGUGACAGUGCAAGUAAGAAAGGCAGUCAGGAAAUCCGAGUCCGUCCGCAGCAGCACAAGAAGACUUUGGCUAAACAGAGCAGUGCGGGUGCUCAGAGCCCCGGUGAGGUUGUUGUGACGGACAGUCCGAAUUCAGACCAUCAUCCGUCGAUCGGGAAUCAGCUCGCUCUAUUUGAUGCCAAUGCCAAUCUCAGACCACAGCGCAAUCCACCGGAGUCGAAGGAAUUGCAAAAUGCUCUGGUACUUCUUCAAGGAAAGAGACAAGAACUGCAUUCCCAAAUCUGCAAUCUUGAAGACAUGCUGGCAUUGUAUGAAGACAGAAUCGAAAGAAUAAGAGGCGGGGGUGAAGUGGCAUUAGCUCGGCGAUGCAUUGAGUCUAUUUUGAGUGGGGAUGUCGAUGUCAAGCACGGAAAUCCAAGCCAAGAAACCGGAAAUUGUAAUCGACGAGUUGUUCUUCCUGGGACGUCUUCAUGUGAAGACUUGGAGUACUGUUGCACCAAGAAUAAGUGGCGAAUGCCGAGGUACAUCACAAUGCCGUCGUCGCCUGGUAAAUUCUGGUCGCAAGUGGUGGUUCAAGGGAAGGAUUUGGAGCUGCUGCAUUCGGAGGGCAGGUCGGAGCGGACGACGCCGGGUGCUGCGAGGGAGUCAGCUGCUGCAGAGAUGAUUGAUAAAAUCAAGACGUCGAUCAUGAGGAUCAAUUAGGUUGGUUGGUUGGUUGGUUGGUGAUGAAUGAAGGAAUGUUGUUGUCCGAAUGCGGCAACAUAAAAUUUGCCUAAUGCCUGCCCAGCUAGUUAGUCAUUUUGGAUUGGAAUACUACUACUACUAUUAAGCUGUAAUUAAUUCUCAACUGUUGUGUUUUGCCCCUGCUUCGAAUUGUCGUCUACUAUAUCGGACCGGACGGAUUAUUCUCUCUCUCUCUCUCUAUGUCUUGGGCAGGCCACGUGUAGGGUUGGGAUUUGAA